CGGGACAUGGCGUGGUGCGUGGCGUGCUGCACUGAUGAGUCGCAGCAACCAGUGGAAGUCAUCGCCUCGGAGGUGGUAAAGUCUCCGUCGUUCAAGGCGGUGAAUCAUGCAGCGAGUUCACGGAGUUCGUCCAAAGCGGCAGAUUCCGAAGGGAGGUCCUUCACCGUGGUGGUUCCGACCAAGGACUUUAGUACCUUGGGCCUCCAGAUGGAUGCGACGGAACCUCGUUUUCCCAUGGUUUUGGGAAUCGAAGACGGAGCCAUUCAGGAGUUUAACAAGGUCUACCAGGGUCCAGGCAUCCAGCCCUUUGAUGUCUUGAUGGCCGUAGAUGGAACCCAGAGUUGGGAUGCCAUUCGUAAGAAGAUGGCAGGCAAGUUACCUGACAGGCUGUUCUUGAGCCUGCAUCGACCACGAAGAAUAGAAGUUCUUGUGGAAAAGACAGGGCAGGGAACCAUGGAGACCAUGGGGAUGAGAUUGGCUUAUACAGAUAAAUCUGUUGGAGUCUUUGUUCAAGAGAUACAUCCCAAAGGCCUCAUAGCAAAAUGGAAUGCAGCGCGUGAUGCUGGUGAGAGGAUUGAAGUGCUGGACCGUAUCGUCGAGUUUGAUGGCAAAACUUGCACUGGCACCCAGUUGGCCAUGCUGCUUGAGGAGCAGAAGACUUGGCGUCUGACGGUGCUGAAGCACGAUGAAUGUGACAAUCAGGUCCUACAAGGCUUGAGUCGUCAGAGUUUCUGAUGCCAGGACUGGCUCAUUCACAUUUGACCCAUCGGACUUAUGCCUCAGUUUCACUCGAGUCUUGAUAAUUUAAUAGUGUCGUACAGCGGACGGUUUGUCCAUAGUGCAUCAUAGUGCAUCCCGGCGAACACACAAAUUGGAAUUCACUGCGGCGAAAA